AUUGUCAUGUCUGUGUGUCGCUUUAUCGGAGGAUCCUGAAGUUUCGCGAAGAUAGUGAUCGUUUCAUUUCUUCUAAUAGGAAUUCUUUAAAAUACGGCAUUUGUAGUCAUAGGUUCUUGUUAUAAUCAUGAUUAAGUUAUUCUCACUAAAACAACAAAAGAAAGAUGGCGAAAGUACCACGGCAGAAAGAGGAAAGAAAGCAUCCGCUGCGCAACUCAGAAUUCAGAAAGAUAUCAAUGAACUAAACCUGCCCAAGACUUGUCAAGUGGACUUUCCAGAUCCUGAUGAUCUCCUCAGCUUCAAACUCAUCAUUUCCCCAGACGAAGGUUUUUACCGAGGUGGCAAGUUUAUAUUCAGCUUUAAAGUAGGUCCCGGUUAUCCCCACGAUCCGCCGAAAGUGAAGUGUGAAACUAUGGUGUACCACCCCAACAUAGACCUAGAGGGUAACGUCUGUCUCAACAUUCUCAGAGAAGAUUGGAAGCCUGUAUUAACUAUCAACUCUAUAGUUUAUGGAUUACAGUACUUGUUUUUGGAACCUAAUCCUGAGGAUCCUUUAAACAAGGAAGCAGCGGAGGUGUUACAGUCAAAUAGGAGACUGUUUGAACAGAACGUUUCUAAAUCUAUGCGCGGGGAGGAUAUGUAGGAUCUGUACUUUUCGAAAGGUGCUUAAAAUGAGGAUGGUUGCUACUACGACGGAGUUGUUUGUUGUCAGAGACCUGAAGGGUAGUGCCUUGCUCUACCUUAUGUUCAUGCACUAUGCGUUAUCGGAAUUCUUACGAGCUCCAACGUAUUGUGACAUUUUGUGAUCACAGACACCCCAUGUACUCCAUGGAAUGGUGUGUUUUGAACGAGUGCUGGGUAACUGAUUGUAUUUUACUGAAAGGGAAGCCAGUAAAUUUACCAUUUUCUACUUCUCUAAACAACUGUUUAUAAGCAUAUUUAUGUACUUGGUGAGAUAACUUGAAAAUUACAAGUUUUCUUGAGAAACACCACAUUUUCUUCAGUAAAAUACAAACAAGUGUAUCAUUAUUCUGCCUCUUUGCAUAUAUUGUACUGAUUAUGUUCCUGUCAAUUUUAUGACAGGAGUAGAGGGGAUCAUGUCAAAAUAUUUGUGUCAUUUUAAGAUAAUGAUUUUAGUGUGAAAUAUAAUGUCCUGCAUUUCCUGUUUGUUGACAAUAGAUGAUGUUCUGUGAGACAAGUUGUCGUUAAAAAUGAUGUGAAAAGUUUUGACAUGGUCCCCAUUGUUAAUAUGCAUUGUUCUGAGGCUAUAUUUAGAAAUACAUGUGUAUGAAUAAUGACCGAUUCAUGUCUUUAUUAAUGAUAACUCUACUGUCCUGGGCCCUUAUUCUCGAAACGUUCGUAGCCCUAAGAAUUCUUAACUUUGAUCGUAACCAAUGUGUUAAGAAUUGGUUUAAGAAGUUCGAAGGGCUACGGACAUUUCGAGAAUAGCUAGCCUGGAACUAUUUUAUUCUGUAUGCAAACAGAUUAAGAUUAUAUCAGGAAUAUCCAAUUACAGCUGUCAAACUAAAAUGCCUUUCACAGUUAAUGCGUUCAGCAGGUGAUUGGGUUUGAAAGCUUUUAUCUCCUCAUUUCCUCAUAAAUAUUAAGGUGGUUUUGUUUCGUCUGUAACCAUGGUAACACAAGUAUAGGUACACGAACAGUUUCAGUUCAAGUGUGGCAUUAUAAAGAAUUAUUUUUGUAUUAUUCUUUCACAAGUAUAGUGGAAACAAUUAGAGAUUGGAUGUCAAGAAAAUCAUAAACAUCAUGGUAGUACAGUGGAACCUCAUUAACACUCAAUUCAGUAUACUGUAAACAGAUAUGCCAACCUCUAUGGUUUUAUCGUAGUCUGCAAAUUUUAGCCUCAGACUACGCCAAUACGAGUGCACUAGAAAUUCUACAAAGUUGAAGAAAAUUCAUUAAAAUUCAGUAUAAUGUAAAUGCACAAACACAGCAAAAUGUACAAAUCAGCUUUUAAGAGGAAUAUUCGAGUUACAAGGUGGCUCGAAAAUCAGAUAGGUUAUCUUGGCGAUGUUUACAUACAAAUUUGGAGUCAAUCUUUUUUUUGAGAGAAUACGAGAUGUCUAUACUAAUGUUUGAUGGCUUCAGUUUUCAUAAGACCGGCAAGAUUAGUCAUUAAUAAGGCUGGGGAAAUAGCAAUGGGUUACUUAGUGGUCUCUCACAGAACUUCGUGUGCAGAGUUGUGUCCCUUUGUAACUUGUAUCAUAUGCUCCUUUGCCCAUUGCAACCUUUCCAGGGUUGUUGCUCCUACCAACAGGCUUCACAUAAAGUGACAUACAUGUCUUUAGGUAGUCAAUCUUACUAUUUCCAAAACAAUUUUAUUUUUCAAAUUGACAAACAAACAAGAUAAGUUUGCUGGGGAAUAAAUAGUAGUGCAUCAUGGCAGUAUUCAUGAUCAGCCAUUUGUGAUCUCAGCUCCAUGCAGGGUUAUUGGCCACCAGCACAUGGGGAGCUGUGACUGGUGGCAGCUGCUGUAAAGAGCUCUGUAAACUGCCAGUUACUGUAAGGAGCUUGGCUAUGCAUCUUUCAGCUGACAUACCAUGAUAUGACCAAAACACUGUGCAAGGCAGAGGAAAUCCAAAAGUCCAUCACCUUUAGGAAUGGGAUAAUUUAUUUUUCAAAUUUGAUGAUUUAGAUAAAUGAAGCUCUCAAACGACUAUGGUACAGUAACACAAGGCCUUCGUAUCUUAUUGUUACAGUGUUUCAGUAGAGUGCUCUUUCAGUAUUGGGGGCGGAUUAGCCUAGUGUUUAAAGCGUUCGCUCGUCACGUCGAGAACCCAGGUUCGAUUCCCAACAUAGGUACAAUGUGUGAAGCCCAUUUCUGGUGUCCCCCGCCGUGAUAUUGUUGGAAUAUUGCUAAAAACAGCAUAAAACCAUACUCUCACACUCACUCACUCACUUUGAGUGGCAUAUAUAUCGGGUUGUCACAAGCUGAUAGAGUUGAUGAUGGUUCCACGACAUCAUGUAUGUCUACACUUCCUUUUACAAGUUGUAUAAAGGAAGAAAACAAUCUUUUUAUGUGUUUUAUUUUCUUGGAUUUUCUUUUCACCUAUGCCUGCUACCUUUGUUAUUACGCUGUCAGCUAGCAUGGUUAUAUAUUCCUAUUAGUGUAAUUCUCAGUGUUUAUGGCUAUAAGCAUUAUAAGACCAUUGUGUACUAUAAUACUUGUGAGACAAAAUUCCUAAGUACAAAUGAGGGACAAAUAUCAAAGAUUUGCCAAGUCCACUAAUCCACAACAUGUGAUAAUAAAGAAGAGCCGGAGACAAUUCCUUGCUGACUUCCACAUUCACAAUUAGGUAGAUGGCAGAUAACUAUUUUGGACUAAUUAAACUAAAAAUGUAUUUAUAACCAUUUUUAUGUGUCAUUUCCAUUAAUUUGUCAGCUCUGGAAUACGCAAGGACAUUUAUUUCCUUCCUAAAGUAGUGUUGAUGACAAUGUAGGUGAGUUAGUUGGGUGGAGGGUGACUGCUAUAAUGCUGAUGUUACUGUCCUUUUUAGUUCUGUUUGGAAACCUUGUCUUACUAAAAGCAGCAUGAUCAGACUUAGAUAUUAACAAGUAAGCCUCCUUACCAUACUGUGGACUGGAGUAAAGAGUCACAUACAUGCUCUUCCUAUAUUAUGUAGUGGAAACUGAUUCAGAAGGUUGUCUGUUCUAUGCUGUAAUGAGUAAAUUGGUGAAUGACAAAAUAACAGAAUUUUGUAGCUGAAAUUAUAAGCUAAGGAACAACAACAUAGUUAUAACAGAAAAUAUUUGUUUCUUUUCUCUGAAAUGAACGAUAUUAAUUGCCUUCCAGCCUUCUUAAUUCAAUUAGGACUUUGUGUAUGGUUAGAGGUUAAUGAGCUCACGUUAAUCUUUAUGCUAUGGUGAUUUCACGAGAUUUAGAAGCAAGUUUGGUUCCUGAUAUGGAUGCUGCUGUUGUCAGUUGGUUGACAAUUUACUUUGUGAUAACUCUGUUCAGUGGUUUCACAUUUUAAGGUAACAGUUUUGACGCAGUUUGAAUUAAAACAACACAAUGAAUGAUUGACAUACAUGCGAAAGUCAAGUUUCUAUCAAUCCAAGGAGUCUAAAAGUCAAGAGGUAGUGUUAUAAUCUGUUCAUUCCCGUAUGUACCUCAUAUUCCCAUUGCCCAUUUCUCACUACAAGUUGGGGUCAGAUGGCAACAGGGGUCAUUCCUGUUGCAGAUCAUUCAUGCCAUUUUGUUCAUUGUUUUGUUGAAAAGUUGAGUGAAUUUUGUUUUAAAUAUGCAUGAUGUACAUCCAAUAUGGCAGACUAGAAGUUCUAAGACCGUGUAAAUUAAUGAUCGACUCACAGAACAAUGGGAUAAAGACAUUUUGCUGGUACUGCUGUUUUUUACCCAUCUGAUGUUCUUUUAAAUGAUGGGUUUUCAUUGGUCUGACAAAAAGACCUGUGACUAUUUAGCACUGUAAAAUGUUCAUAUGAUCAACAGUACAGAUGAUAACUAGGAUUAAAAUAUCCUUCCUACCAAAGGGUGUUUUGUUUCAUUGUGGGUGCUUGUGCAGGGUUGCCUCCCCUGUUAUGCAAGGAUCUGCUGAUUAUGGAUUUAAAUUCCAGAUUUGCCCUGAUUGGAAAUCCAUGUUGGUCAAUACCUGAUGUGGGUUUCAGGUGACCUGGGGCUUGUGUGUCACUUUGGGCUAUUGUCCACCCUGAGCUGACCGGCCAUGAUGUAAGUGAAAUAGUGUUCGAAGGUGUUGAAUAUCACUUACUGGACAUUGGUCAUGUCUGAGGGCACCAGACUGGACAUGUACUGCUCAAGUCAAUGGACACACAAGUGGAAGACUGUCAUGCAGUUCCCACCACCCAAGACAGAUUAAUAACCAUGAUCAUAUGAAAAAAAAUACAGGUGUUCCCUUACUUUAUUUUGAGUUGUAUAAACAAGCCAAUUCUGCAGUUCCAAAACCUGUUUCCAAUCAAGGGAUUACACCUAGACCAAGGUUUUACUUAAAGCAGUAUGUUCCAAAGCAGGAAUCAGUGUCUUGAUGUUUUGUUUACUGAUUGGAUAAAUUUCAGAACCGUUGAUGGGGACAGGCAACUAUGGACAUAUGAGUAUCUGUGUGACUUGUAUAGAUGACCAGUUGUAAACUUGUAUACCGUAUUGUAGUUUACACAAUAUUAAAGAUACACUGCCAAAAUGAUCCUUAUUAAAUCAUAGUAAAUGCGAAAAGGUGUGCGAUAACAGAAGAGGCAUAUUCUAUCAAAGUGAAUAUACUAAAUUGUCAAAAAGUGAAAUAGCAAGAUUAGGAUAGAAGAAGAAAUUGCCAAUAAGAACGAAGCUCAGGAUGGCAUGGCCCGCUGUGCCACAGGUCGAGCCCAAGAUAUUUAUCCAACAACCAGAAGUCCUCGGUAUACAAGUAUGAAACAUGAAUAAGUGAUAUUUGUGAUUAAUAUUGUACAUGAUGUCUUUGCUGUAACAGUCAUGUAUUUUUGGUUAAUCUGAAUAAACAGCCAUGUUUGUUUUA